AUGGACCCAGCAGACGUUGAACUGCACGAGCGCCAGCAGGUAGCACUCUGCCAGCUAGAGGAGGAGCUCCAGUGGAGGCCAUGGCUCACCCCCGACUAUGGGCGCCUGCACUUGUGCUACCUACACUACAAGGCGGCUGUAGUCCAGCCAUCUCCUGCACCUGUAUCAAUUCCGCGGGUGAGGGGGGCUAGGGCCCAGUUUGUCCCUGCUCCAGUUUCCAGGCCUGCUGAGGCUCCGCUAGUCUCUGCGCCCGUACCUACUCCGCGGGUGGGAGCGGCUACUGCUCAGCAGGCCCCCGCACCUGUUUCUGUCCUCGCGGGAGGCUCUGGGUCCGAGGGGCCCGUCCGGCCUUUUGUUCCCGCUGGAGGGUCCGAGGAACCGUUCCAGCCGUCUGUUCCCGCUGGAGGGUCCGAGGAGCCCGUCCAGCCUCCUGCCUCGUCAGCUGGAGGGCCCGAGGAGCCCGUCCAGCCUCCUGCCUCGUCAGCUGGGGGUCUUGGAGGACCCAGCCAAUGCAUCCUCAUCUCUACUGACGGUUCCGGGGAGACCGUUCAGCCACCACCUACAUCGCCGCCUGCAGCGCCCACAUCGUCGCUUGCAGCAUCCCCGCCUGCGGCAGCUUCAUCCCCGCCACUUGUGGCAGCGGCAGCUUCGGCUGCGCCGUCGCCUGGUCCAGCUUCAGCUGCGCCGUCGCCUGUUCCGGCUUCAGCGCCACCUGCAGCAGCCUCCUCGUCAGCUUCGGCGUCGCCUGCAGCGCCACCAUCUCCGGCUCCCACGCCGUCGCCUGCGGCGCCACUUUCGCCCGGUCCGGCCUCCGAGUCUUCGCCUUCACCCGGUCCGGCCUCUGAGUCUUCGCCUUCGCCCGGUCUGGCUUCGGCUACAGCUUCGCUUGGUCCUGCCUCGGCCACGCCGACGUCCGGACCACAUCCUGCGCCUCUACAGCGCCGGCCUCCUUCCAGGCCUCUGAUUGCACGUCCUGCUCGCCCUGUCCGGCCUGCACGUCCUGCUCGCCCUGUCCGGCCUGCACGUCCUGCUCGCCCUGUCCGGCCUGCACGUCCUGCUCGCCCUGUCCGGCCUGCUCGCCCUGUCCGGCCUGCUCGUCCUGCUCGUCCUGUCCGGCCUGCUCGUCCUGUCCGGCCGCUUUCCGGGCCGAUGACUGGACGUCCUCGCCGUCGUGGCCGGCCUCCUGACCUGCUCCGUCGCCGCCGGUGCCUCCCGCCCGGCCGGCCUCCUGACCUUUUUUCUGGACUCUUGGGCCGUCGACCUCCGGGCUGGCCCCCUGAACCUUUUCGAGGCUGUUGCCUGGGCCUCUGCGCCUUUCGUGGGCCCUCUUGUUUGUUUUCUUUUGGACGUUUCCUGGGCCUCAGUGCUGUUGUUUUGUUCUGUUUUGGACUUUGUUCCCUGGGUUUUGGUUUCUGGCUCCUUGUGUUUCCGUCCGGUUCCCCCGCCGCCCGCCCUGGUUGGGUUGUUUUUUGUUUUGGUUUGGGCUGUCUGGGAGCCAGCCCUUUAGGGGGGGUACUGUUAGGAUGCCUGGGUCGUUGACCCAGGGCUUUUGAGUUUAUUAUAUUAUUUAUCAUUUCUAGUCUUUGGUUUCUUUCUUAGAGUUCCGUCUUAUGGUUUAUGUCUGUGUUCUAUAGUUGUUGUCUCCCCUGUCGGCUGUAGCCCCUUGUUAAGUUCGCGUCUCUGUUAUGUUUCCUGUUUUACUUUGAAAGUCCAUGUUUCAUGUUAGUGUAUCUGGUUUUGCUUUCCUUGUCUCGUUAGUCCUGAUUUGCCCCAGCUGUGUUUCCCUCCUGUUGCCCAUUCCCUGAUUGCUCCCUCUAUGUAUUUAAGCCCUGUGUUUCAGUUUGUCAUUGUCGCGAUCUACCGUUCAUUAUGCUGUGUGUUCCGUCUGCCUGUUUCAUGUAAGUUUAUUUUGUAUUUUCGGGGUUUUUGUUACUUUUUGCCAUCCAGCAUUAAAGCUGAAUUUUUUUUUAAAUACACU